UGUUUCGGGCCACCACUGUGACCAUGGCUUUUCUGAUCCCCGAGGGAGUGGCUGAAGGGGCUUUGGGGGCCAGUGGCACCUCUUGCCCUCUCUGGACUGUACUGUAUGACUAUGAAGCCACUGGAGAAGAUGAGCUGAGCUUGCGGCGGGGAGAAGUGGUCGAAGUUCUCUCUAAAGAUGCUGCGGUUUCUGGAGAUGAUGGCUGGUGGGCAGGCAAAAUCCGCCAUCGCCUUGGUAUCUUCCCAGCCAACUAUGUGACUUACCAGCCAGGACGUUAUCAACAUCCCCAGUUGGGAUUAUUGGAGAAGUCUGGGCAUCGAGCCCAGAGUCUAACAAUGGGUGAUGGACAUUCUACAGGCGGUGAAGACCAUCUCGGUUCUCUUGCAGAGAUUGACUUCCAGUAUCUGGAACUGCAAGAGAUCAUUGGAGUUGGGGGCUUUGGCAAAGUUUACAGAGCGAUGUGGAAGGGCCAGGAAGUGGCAGUGAAAGCAGCUCGGCAGGACCCGGAUGAGGACAUCACGGCCACAGCGGAAAGCGUACGGCAAGAAGCAAAAUUGUUCUCCAUGUUGAAACAUCCCAAUAUCAUUGAGCUUCAUGGUAUCUGUUUGCAGGAGCCCAACCUCUGCCUGGUUAUGGAGUUUGCUAGGGGAGGACCGCUCAAUAGAGCUUUGUCAGGGGCUUCCCCAAUCACAAGUGGAAGCCAUUGGGGCCGGCGCAUACCUCCUCAUGUGCUGGUCAACUGGGCGGUACAGAUCGCUCGUGGGAUGCUCUACCUUCAUGAAAAAGCCAUAGUUCCUAUCCUCCACAGAGACCUCAAGUCGAGCAACAUUCUGUUGCUUGAGAAGAUAGAGAAUGAUGAUAUUCAUAAUAAAACUCUGAAGAUUACAGACUUUGGCUUGGCUAGAGAGUGGCAUAGGACAACUAAAAUGAGUGCAGCUGGCACCUAUGCAUGGAUGGCUCCCGAAGUUAUCAAGUCUUCCAUGUUUUCUAAAGGAAGUGAUAUUUGGAGUUAUGGCGUAUUGCUGUGGGAACUGCUUACAGGAGAAGUUCCUUACCGUGGCAUUGAUGGUCUUGCGGUGGCUUAUGGUGUUGCUGUCAAUAAGCUUACUUUGCCCAUUCCAUCCACCUGUCCUGAACCAUUUGCUAAACUAAUGAAAGACUGCUGGGCUCAGGACCCUCAUAUCCGACCAUCGUUUGCCUUGAUUCUUGAGCAGCUUACUGCCAUUGAAGGGGCUGUUACAACUGAGAUGCCUCAGGAAUCCUUCCAUUCAAUGCAAGAUGACUGGAAACUGGAAAUCCAACAGAUAUUCAAUGAACUUAGGACCAAGGAAAAGGAGCUGAGGUCACGAGAAGAAGAAUUAACAAGAGCUGCUCUUCAUCAGAAGUCUCAAGAAGAAUUGCUGAAGCGGCGUGAGCAGCAGCUAGCAGAACGGGAGAUUGAUGUACUGGAGCGAGAACUGAAUAUUUUGAUAUUCCAGCUAAAUCAAGAGAAGCCCAAUGUGAAGAAAAGAAAGGGAAAGUUUAAAAAAAGCCGAUUAAAACUUAAAGAUGGACAUAGAAUCAGUCUGCCUUCAGAUUUCCAGCACAAGAUAACUGUGCAAGCUUCCCCAAAUUUGGAUAAGCGAAGAAGUUUAAACAGUAACAGCUCUAGUCCACCAAGUACCCCCCCAAUACUUCCACGUCUUCGAGCUAUACAGUUAACCUCAGACGAAAGCAACAGAACUUGGGGAAGAAGCACAGCUUGUCAUCAGGAGGAAUUCGAAGAAAUUAAGAGAAGCUUUAAAAAGAAAGGCUGCACUUGGGGGCCAAAUUCGGUUCAAACAAAAGAGCGAGCAGAUUGUAAAGAGAGAAUAAGACCGCUCUCAGACGGCAGCAGUCCUUGGUCAACACUUUUGAUGAAGAAUCAGAAAGGUGUUCCUUUAGCCUCUUUGUUCAUGGACCAAGAGCAGAAGCUUUCCCCUGAAGGCCUGGAUGCUAAGCGGCCAAAACAAUUAAAAUUGCCAAAUCAGGCCUAUAUUGACCUACCUCUCGGGAAGGAUGAAAAAGGACUCAAUUCUGCAGAACAGGAGAGCUUCGAAGAAGGAAAUUCAGCAAGUUCAACAAAUAGCACUCCACAGAUGACACCUACCAACAGUCUCAGUAGAACGCUGCAGAAGAAGAAAACUGACUCUGUGUUAUAUGGAUGUACUGUCCUCCUUGCGUCUGUAGCUCUGGGCUUGGAUAUUAGGGAGCUGAACAGGCCGCAGGUUCCAGAGGAAGUGUUGCCUAGGGAAGAAAAGAAGAAACGUGAUGGACUGUUUCAGCGAGCUUCCAAGUUUCGUCGAAGUGCAAGCCCUUUAAGGUUGCAUUCCAAAAAAGAAGAAAUGCACAUCCCUUCAGUAAGCCCGUCUGCAAGCACUGUGAAUCUUUUGUCUUUAUCUUCUGCUUCCACUAAGUGCCUGCUCCAGUCUGACUGUGAAGAUGCUACUGCAAGGACACUGCCCAGUGACAGAGACAGUCCUAUUAAAUGUUUGGUGGCAGAAAGCCCUGUAAGUAGAAAAGAACAAAUUGUUCCUGCUACUGAUUCUAACUUGCCAUGUCCUGCUCUUCUUGUGAAACAAGAAUCCCAAUGUACAGCAAAAGUCUCUUCCUCUAAAGUGAGAGUUAUGGGGCACAGAAGGACCGUGUCGGAUGGAAAUCCGUGUCAUGCCACGACUAACGGUGUCCCUGAGGUUCUGCUCGUUUCGUCGCUCUUACAAAGAAACUUUUCCAUCGACGCAUCUCAUGAAAAGCAAAGAACUGUCAGUAUUAUACCAAGACCUCGGCCUUCUUCUUUAAGAAGCAGGCUAGAUCCUUGGCAGGCUGUUUCACAAAGUGUGAAGCCAAGCCCUUCUGAGACGGAUCGCUUAGAGGGUGACGGAGGUUCCAAGGCUAACUCGCUAACCGACACCGAGGAGAGAACUAAAUCCCAUAUGCCCUCAUUACUUGAUAUCGAUGUUGAGGGUCAGAACAGUGAUUGUACGGUGCCUUUGUGCAGAAUGAAGAGUAAAUCAUGCCGGCCGUCAAUAUAUGAACUGGAGAAAGAAUUUUUGUCUUAAGUGCCUUGAAUUUUUUAAAUGCCGUUUUAAAAGAAGUA